AUGGUUUAUUCUAUUUUCAAAAUGAAUUCAAAAAAAUUUAUUUAGGCUUUUACAUCAACGCGAAAUCUAUUCCAUCCUACUUUCAAGCGAUUUCCAACCUUUCUUGGUUCAAACACGGUUUCGAAGCGCUCGAAGUCGAUCAAUAGGGCGAUGUGAGUAGUUUUAAAGCCAGAAUGUUGAAGAAAAUCAAUAUUUUCAGUACGAGAAUAUCAAUUGCGGCGGCAGUGGCUCAAAAUUGCUCUAUUGUCCGGCGAAAACUAGCGAUGGUGAGGUUCUUUUAUUUUUGUAAAUUUGGAAGAAAAAAAAUUAAUGUGCAAACCGAAAAAAAAUCUCUCGAGUUUAGACCCCGUAAAGUUCGAAAAUAAUACAGGGUAUACGAAAAAUCAUUAUCUGAAGCUUGCGAAACAGUAAGGAUUAAGUUCAAAAAAAAAUUCUCAUCUUUAAUCAGGAAGUACUAAAAACAUUUCAGCCAAACUUCAUCAAAAUUUCAAAAGGGCACCUGAAAAAAUUUAUGUGAAAAUGGGGAUCGGUAAAGAAACAAAUCAAAAAAAACUUGUGAAAAGCUUUUUAUCAAAUUUCAAACUUUCUCAGAGCUUCUUCAAAGUUUCACUCAAUGUUCUCAUUAUUCUCUCAAGCAAAGUCGGAAAGGUAGAUAAUGGCCGCUAAAAGAAAGAGGCUCAAAAAAGGCUGCAAAAAAGACAACAAAAAAGGUCCCUCAAUCGAGCCUGCUAUUUUUUCUGGGAUUUCAAAGGCUCAAGAAAUAGUAGAAAAAGGGAAAGGCAGCAAAAAUGGUGCUAAAAGCCGAUGAAAUGGCGAAAAAAGGUAGCAAAAAAGGAGCCUCUGUCAUCCUAAAAGGAACAUUUCUAUGCAGCCUUUUCCCAAUCUUUCCGACUUUGUCUAUGCUUCAUUAUUUUCUUCCAGAAGUUCUUGACCGCCGAAGUAUCGACACGACGGUUUGGCUCAACAUCGGGAUAA